AUGAAUACUUCUGCAAUUUCAAGUGGACCAGCAAGCACAGACAGAAUCAACAAGCUCUCAGAAAGACUUCACAAUCUACAGAAAAACUUGCAAACAGAGAAGCAGACUUAGUUUGAAAAGUUAGAGCAUCGUCUGAAGACUCUUCACUCAAGGUUCGGAGAUAACUAUGAAAACUCAAACAAGCGCUUUAACUUGCUUAAGGAUCAACUUAUCAAGAUCGAGAACUAGAUUGAAAGCCAGCAGUUGGCAAGAGAAGAUCUUAUGCAGGGAAAGCACAGCGAACUGGACAACUUGCAGGGCAAGAUUGCUUCUUUGAUUGCUGAAGAAAUCAAAACCCGCGAGGACUCAGAAUUCAAACUUCGUAAGCAAAUCUAGGAAAAGGCUUUGCAGGUUCAACAAGAAAUAAUCAGAGAAGCUUAAUCAGGGACUGAGAUUGUUGGAACUCUUGAGAAAUAUUUGGAGGAGGACAUUCCCUCACUGUAUGAGAGUCUUAAGGUAGGGAUUAAUGAAAGAGAGUAAACUGAGGAGUUGCUGUUGAGGCAAGUCAGCGAGGAGUUCACUAAUAUUCACCAGGAGAUUGUGGAUGAAAAGAAGGCGAGAGAGGAGCAGGAAGAAGCCAUGCUCGAAAUGCUGAAGGAGAUCAUCAGCAAGGUAAAGGAGUAAAUUACUAUUGAGAGAUUUGAGAGGGAGAGAACUGAAGAGACUCUGGUUAACUUGCUCGAAGAGACAUGCAAUAAACUUAACUCAGUGAGUACUGACUUCUGA